CGUGCAUGAUGGAAACACCAUGGCUGCGGCGGCCCAGUUCUCCCUGACACAGUUAUCAAGUGGGAAUCCUGUAUAUGAAAAAUACUAUAGACAGGUUGAUACAGGCAAUACUGGAAGGGUGUUGGCUUCUGAAGCUGCCGCUUUCCUGAAAAAAUCAGGGCUUCCAGACUUGAUACUUGGAAAGAUUUGGGAUUUAGCCGACACAGAUGGCAAAGGUAUCCUGAACAAACAAGAAUUCUUUGUUGCUUUGCGUCUUGUGGCAUGUGCCCAGAAUGGAUUGGAGGUUUCACUGAGUAGCUUGAACCUGGCUGUUCCUCCACCAAAAUUUCAUGAUACCAGUAGUCCUUUGCUAAUCAGUGGAACCUCUGCAGCUGAACUCCCCUGGGCAGUAAAAUCUGAAGACAAGGCCAAAUAUGAUGCAAUUUUUGAUAGUUUAAGCCCAGUGAAUGGAUUUCUGUCCGGUGGCAAAGUGAAACCAGUGUUACUCAACUCUAAGUUACCUGUGGAUAUCCUUGGAAGAGUUUGGGAAUUGAGUGACAUUGACCAUGAUGGAAUGCUUGACAGAGAUGAGUUUGCAGUUGCCAUGUUUUUGGUAUAUCGUGCACUGGAGAAAGAACCUGUGCCAAUGUCCUUGCCUCCAGCCUUGGCGCCACCUUCCAAGAGAAAAACGUGGGUUGUAUCCCCUGCAGAAAAAGCUAAAUAUGAUGAAAUCUUCCUGAAAACUGAUAAAGAUAUGGAUGGAUUUGUAUCUGGAUUGGAGGUUCGUGAAAUCUUCCUGAAAACAGGUUUACCUUCUGCCUUACUAGCCCAUAUUUGGGCAUUAUGUGACACAAAGGACUGUGGGAAGCUUUCAAAAGAUCAGUUUGCAUUGGCUUUUCACUUAAUCAAUCAAAAGUUAAUAAAGGGCAUUGAUCCUCCUCACAUUCUUACUCCUGAGAUGAUUCCACCAUCAGACAGGGCCAGUUUACAAAAGAGCUUCAUAGGAUCAAGUCCUGUUGCAGAUUUCUCUGCUAUUAAGGAGCUAGAUACCCUUAACAAUGAAAUAGUUGACUUACAGAGGGAAAAGAAUAAUGUGGAACAGGACCUUAAGGAGAGAGAAGAUACUAUUAAACAGAGGACAAGCGAGGUUCAGAUCUCUUCUCUGAAAGCUGAAUUAACCAGUCAAGAAUCGCAGAUCUCCACUUACGAAGAAGAACUGGCCAAAGCCAGGGAAGAGCUGAGCCGCCUACAGCAAGAAACAGCAGAAUUGGAGGAGAGUGUGGAGUCAGGGAAGGCUCAGCUGGAACCUCUUCAGCAGCACUUAAAAGAUUCACAACAGGAAAUCAGUUCAAUGCAAAUGAAAUUGAUGGAAAUGAAAGAUCUGGAAAAUCAUAACAAUCAAUUAAAUUGGUGCAGUAGCCCACACAGCAUUCUUGUAAAUGGCGCAACAGAUUAUUGCAGCCUCAGCACCAGCAGCAGUGAAACAGCCAACCUUAAUGAACAUGGUGAAGGCCAGAACAACCUAGAGUCUGAGCCCAUACACCAGGAGUCUCCAGCAAGAAGUAGUCCUGAAAUACCACCUUCAGGUGUGACCGAUGAAAGCGAAGUGCUGACUAUAGCUGUUAAUGAAGAAGUUUGUCCUGAAUUUGACAGUGACAGACAUUCAAAAGAGGAAGAUCCAUUUAAUGUAGACUCAAGUUCACUAACAGAUCCAGUUGCAGAUACAAACUUGGAUUUUUUCCAGUCCGAUCCUUUUGUUGGCAGCGAUCCUUUCAAGGAUGAUCCUUUUGGGAAAAUUGAUCCAUUUGGUGGUGAUCCUUUCAAAGGUUCAGAUCCAUUUGCCUCUGACUGUUUCUUCAAGCAGUCUUCCACUGAUCCUUUUGCCACUUCAAGCACUGACCCUUUCAGUGCAGCCAACAAUAGCAGUAAUACAUCGGUAGAAACAGUGAAGCACAAUGAUCCUUUUGCUCCUGGUGGAACAGUUGUUGUUGCAGCAAGUGAUUCAGAAAUGGUCAACAAUGAAGAUCCUUUUAGUUCAGCCACAUUGAGCUCUGUCAGCAAUGUGGUUAUUACAAAAAAUGUGUUUGAGGAAACAUCAGUCAAAAGUGAAGAUGUACCCCCAGCACUGCCACCAAAGAUCGGAACUCCAACAAGACCCUGCCCACCACCACCUGGGAAAAGACCCAGCAACAAAUUGGAUUCUUCUGAUCCCUUUAAACUGAAUGAUCCAUUUCAGCCUUUCCCAGGCAGUGAUAGCCCCAAAGAAAAAGAUCCUGAUAUGUUUUGUGAUCCAUUCACUUCUUCUACUACUACCACUACCAAUAAAGAGGCUGACCCAAGCAAUUUUGCUAACUUCAGUGCUAUGCUUAUGGAUGAUGGUGAUUUAAUAGACCAUUAG